AUGGAAGAAGAGAAGAAAGAUAGCGACAGUUCGGAUGAAGGCGGUGACGGAGCUGGCGGCAGAGGAAAAGAUAAGAUUUCGGCCAAAAAGUCCAAGAAAAAGGCUUCGGCUUCUGCUUCAACAUCUACAAGGAAGCUUUCCAAGGAUGAGGACACUUGGCCAAAGGACCUCCCAGAUGAUUUUGAGCACUAUGAAAGGAAUUGGAACAACUAUCUAAGAGCUGCCAUGCUACAAGGAUUUUUGGGAUUUUGUUGGGCAGUCGCCAUUGUGAGAUGCAUUGAAGCAUUGCUAGCUAUCACGAGGAAUGUUGUGGUUGAGCUGUCACCACAGCAUUUGGUCAACAAUACCAGGAACAAAGACAAAACUACGGGAGAGGUGAGGAAAUACAACGAGAUCAGACGUUUCUUGACGAAUCAGGGUCUUGUUAUAGAGAGAGCUUGCCCAUACUCGGGGAAAAUGAACCAAGAUUGUCCCAAAAGUUGCCUGAAAUGUGAUGAGCCUGUAGUCAAAAUCAGGGAAUUGGUGUAUAUCAAGGGCAAAGAAGUGAAUGAAAAGGAAUUAAUCAAGAUGGUCGACCGGCGUCCUAUACUUGCUGUGGUAGAAGCUUACACAUCCUUCCAGGAUUAUAAAAGUGGAAUCUAUGAAGGUUCAACGGACCACAAAGAAGGGUCACUUGGUCGCCAUGUGGUCAUAGUGUCUGGUUUCGGCUCAACUUCAGAAGGUGUCAACUAUUGGAUCAUUCAAAAUUCUUGGGGAACCCAAUGGGGGGAAAACGGAUAUGGAAAAAUUAUAAGAGAGUCCAGCCGAAAUGGCAAACCUUCACUGUUUCUCAAAGCUAUCCGAUUGGAGGUACUUGUUUGA